AUGAAUAAUAAUGUAAUCUUCGUUCUUCUCAUCUCCCUUGUCCUCCUCCCUCUAUACGCAUCUACGACAGCGCGUCUGGGUGGCUGGAUUCCUAACUCAAACAUUAAGGACCCACAUGUGGUACAUAUUGGUGAAUUCGCUGUUUCUGAAUACAACAAGCAGACCAAAUCAGGACUCAAGUUCGACUCGGUUGUUAGCGGUGAAUCUCAAGUUGUCUCAGGUUUUAAUUACCGGCUUGUGGUGGCGGCUGAUGACUCCGGAACAAGCAAGAACUAG